GAAAGAGAUAGCGUUGGUAAGGGGAAGAGGGGAAAAAAGGCCUGACCAUAACAAACUGUGCAAAAACAACAAAGAUUAGGAAGAACAACAUGUUUGUGAAAUCAAUUUCUUUGUUUAAAUAUUGACUGCCGCCCGUGACGUCGUCAUCUGAUGGGGAAAUGCGACCCCCGAAGUUCCGCAACUGUAUAUGUAUAUAACUACCAAGUUUAAAGGUCAAAUCACGGCUGAAUGAAACUGCGCAGACAACAGAGGCACAAAUUAAAUGCAUUAUAAUACCAUAAAGCGACAUCAGCUGAUUCACUCGUUUAUCUGGCCCCCAUUGAGUGGCGCGAUCCGAUAACCUGCAAGCUAUAUACUCCAUAUAGUCAGUCGUCACUCCUGCUUUGUUUACCACCCAACGCACAUCGCACAAUGAGGCUCAAAUCGGGAAUAUUUCUGGUGCUGCUUUUGACCACUUUUCUGGGUCUGGGCGACUGUUUUUGGCCCUUUAGCAAAUGGCACAGUAAAACCACUCCCCCGCCUCCUCCUCCUCCGCCCCCGGAGCCCAAGCUAUCGCCUGUGAUUUUCGUUCCCGGCGAUGGAGGCUCUCAACUGGACGCCCGCCUGAACAAAUCGAACUCUCCCUAUUUCGUUUGCCAGAAGACCCACGAUUGGUACAACCUCUGGCUGGAUCUGGAGCAGCUGGUCAUUCCCAUGGUCUAUUGCUGGAUCGACAAUGUGAAGCUGUACUACGACAAGGUCACCAGGACCACGCACAAUACGCCCGGUGUGGAGACGAGGAUUCCUGGGUGGGGAAAUCCCGAGGUCGUCGAGUGGAUCGAUCCCACCAAGAACAGUGCCGGAGCCUAUUUCAAGGAUAUAGCCAAUGUCCUGGUGGAUCUUGGCUAUGUGCGGAAACUGAACAUCCAUGGAGCACCCUACGACUUCCGAAAGGCGCCGAAUGAGAACAAGCAGUUCUUCAUCGAUCUCAAGCAACUGGUGGAGGACACCUACGAGGCCAACAACCAGUCGGCCGUCACCUUCAUCACGCACAGCAUGGGCAGUCCCAUGACCCUGGUCUUCCUGCAGCAGCAGACCGUCCAGUGGAAGGCCAAGUAUGUGAAGCGACUGAUUAGCCUGGCGGGAGCUUGGGCUGGCAGCUUCAAGGCGGUGAAAGUGUUUGCCAUGGGCGACGAUCUCGAUUCGUUUGCCCUGAGUGCCAAGAUCCUCAAGGCGGAGCAAAUAACACAUCCAUCCACCGCCUGGUUGCUGCCGUCUCCACUCUUCUGGAAGCCUUCCGAGGUUCUGGCCACGACGCCGAGCAGAAACUACACGAUGGCACAGCUCAAGGAGUUCUUCAACGAUAUCGACUACAUGACGGGAUGGGAAAUGCGCAAGGAUACGAUUCGUUAUAGCCAAAACUUUAGUCCACCGGAUGUGGAGCUGCACUGUCUGUAUGGCGAUGGCAUAGACACGGUGGAGAGAUUGCAGUACAAAAAGUCGGAAAUUGCCGGGGAAACGCCCAAGUUGAUUAUGGGUCUGGGAGAUGGAACCGUAAACCAGCGUUCCCUGCGAGCCUGCCAAUAUUGGUCGGGCUAUACCAGCGCCCCUGUGAACACACUGGCCCUGCAGGGCGUGGACCACAUGCAUAUCCUGUCCAAUCCGGAUGUCCUCAAAUAUGUUCGCACUGUCAUGCAGCAGCCGUAGUUUUAAUAGCAUAAGAGUUUCUUGAUUUCCAAAUUCAACGCGGUAUCUGUAAAAUCUAACGAACAAACAAUGCCAAUUUUAAUGUUAAAUAAAUGUAUUUCGCUAAGUAGCACAAACGUAAA